GAUAAAUGUCUUUGGAUUUGAGUUGAUUUUGCGCUUUGAUGGUGCAUAUUGAUUGUGUUUUUUGUUUUUUUUUCGGGAAUGCACGGCUGAAUGUGGCUACACACAGAUUGCCUCUGAUGCACAGCGCUGGGCAACAAUGUAACAAAGCGAGCAUUUUACUCCCUCUUCAGCGCUGUUUGAUCAGAUGUAACACCGGAUCAAUGCUGUACACGUCGUCCUGCGUUUGAUCUCUGUUUUCUGGGCAUACAGUGUGGUCUCCGGUGUGUUUCCAGUCGGCCAGCUAACCGGCUAGCUCAUCGCACGGCGUGCACACAAUGGCUGUGGCCGUGGAGCCGACAUGGAGGAGCUGUUAGCCUCAGCGAGCUAGCGUUAGCUUCGAGGCAGCCUCGAUGCACAGCUUUACCGUGCCCGCCAUCUUCUAAAGAAAGUUAUAACCGAGGAGAUCUGGCUCGUUGUGUUAGCUUCUGAGCCGGAGUGUUUGUGCCUGGUGAAAUUUCCCCGGUUAGAAACCGUCUGAGAGACUUCCGAAAGCGCGCGGUCUGCUAACUAACGAACUAACCUUAGCUAACGUCGACGAGCUGAUUUUUAUCCACACCGAGUGCUUGACGCUCAGGUCCUGAGAUGGGAUGUGUGUGUCGAGGAGGGAGUACGGAGAAGAAAGAGGAACUCUGUAAUCACUAGAGAAAUACAACCAGACCCAACCUCAAUCGCGCCACGUUCCCCUCUCCGCUGUCCACAAUGUCGGCGGUCACUUCUCCCACCCAGGCUGUACCCCCUAUAGUCAACCCCCCUCCACCCGAAGUAACGAACCCCAGCAAGCCUGGCCGAAAAACCAACCAGCUCCAGUACAUGCAAAACGUCGUGGUGAAGACGCUGUGGAGGCAUCAGUUUGCCUGGCCUUUUUACACACCUGUGGAUGCCAUCAAAUUAAAUCUUCCGGACUAUCAUAAAGUCAUCAAGAACCCAAUGGACAUGGGGACGAUCAAGAAGAGACUUGAGAAUAAUUAUUACUGGACAGCUGGUGAAUGCAUGCAGGAUUUCAACACUAUGUUCACAAACUGUUAUAUAUAUAAUAAGCCUACAGAUGAUAUCGUUCUUAUGGCUCAAGCCUUGGAAAAGAUUUUCCUCCAGAAGGUAGCGCAGAUGCCCCAGGAGGAGGUAGAACUGCUGCCACCACCUCCAAAAGGCAAGGCACGCAAGCCAGGUGCUGCCCCUGCUGCAGAAACUCCACAAGCUUCAGCGCUGUCCUCGACCUCCCCAUCCUCGUCAUGUCCCAGCUCCCCUCCGCAGCCACCUCAAACUCCUGUAAUCGCAGCGACACCUGUACCAACCAUCACCUCCAAUGUCCAGGCAGUCCCAGCGGCUGCUCCCAUGAUCCCGAGUGCACAGCCUGUUCUCAAAAAGAAGGGGGUAAAGCGGAAAGCAGACACCACCACACCCACCACCUGUGCUAUCACGGCCAGUAGAGGCGAGUCUCCCACUCCCCUGCUGGAGUCCAAACACAGCAAGGUAAUCUCCAGACGCGAGAGCACUGGCAGGCCUAUCAAACCUCCAAAGAAGGACCUGGAUGACGGCGAGCUCCUGCAACAAGGGAGCAAGAAGAGCAAAUUGAGCGACCACCUUAAAUACUGCGACACCAUUCUAAAAGAGAUGCUGUCCAAGAAGCACGCUGCCUACGCCUGGCCCUUCUAUAAACCUGUGGAUGCAGAAGCGCUGGAGCUGCACGACUACCAUGAAAUCAUCAAGCAGCCGAUGGAUCUCAGUACAGUUAAAAAAAAAAUGGACAGCAGAGAGUACCAAGAUGCCCAGAGCUUUGCAGCAGAUGUCCGGUUAAUGUUCUCAAAUUGCUAUAAAUAUAAUCCGCCUGAUCACGAGGUGGUUGCCAUGGCAAGGAAACUUCAGGAUGUGUUUGAGAUGCGUUUUGCUAAGAUGCCAGAUGAGCCGGCUGAGCCCUCGUCCCCUGGAGGUACAUCUGCCACGGCGGUAGUAAGUAAGAGCACAGGGAGCAGUGAGAGCAGUGCCGACUCCUCAAGCUCCAGCUCGGACUCGGAGGAGGAACGAGCCACCCGCCUGGCAGAGCUGCAGGAACAGCUGAAGGCAGUUCAUGAACAGCUGGCCGCUCUGUCACAGGGUCCCGUUAGCAAACCAAAGAAGAAAAAGGAAAAGAAGGAAAAAGAGAAGAAGAAGAAGGACAAAGAGAAGGACAAAGAAAAAACCAAGGCCAAGGUGGAAGAAGAAAAGAAGCCCAAGUCUUCACAGCAGAGCAAGCCGAGUCAGCCCAAGAAGAGUUCAGCCAGGAAACCCAACAGCACAUCUACUACCAGGCAACCGAAAAAGGGUGCCAAACCCAGCGCGGCAAAUUACGAGUCAGACGAGGAGGAAGCGCUUCCCAUGUCAUACGAUGAAAAAAGGCAGCUUAGCCUGGACAUCAACCGGCUGCCUGGUGAGAAGCUGGGCCGUGUGGUGCACAUUAUCCAAUCCCGCGAGCCAUCGCUGCGUGACUCCAACCCAGAUGAGAUUGAGAUCGACUUUGAGACGCUCAAGCCAUCAACACUUCGUGAGCUUGAGCGCUACGUCAAGUCCUGUUUACAGAAGAAGCAGCGCAAACCUUUACCGGGCACUGGGAAAAAGAGUGCCAAGACUAAAGAGGAACUGGUUCAGGAAAAGAAGAAAGAGUUAGAAAAGAGGCUGCAGGACGUGAGUGGACAACUGAACAACAACAAGAAACCACCCAAAAAAGCAGAGAAGGCGGGCUCAGCACCAGGGGGCGGGCCAUCUCGGCUGAGUGGCAGCAGCAGUUCUUCCGACACGGGCAGCAGCAGCUCCAGCGGCUCAAGCUCCGAGAGCAGCGACUCAGACUGAGCUCUCAACACGUACACUUCAACCUCCUUCAUUUUUUCUAAUGAGUAGUGUUUGCUGUCCUGAUAGUGUCUCACCUGAAGACCUGUUACAUAUGGAGUUAGAAGCUAAAGACAGAAGAUAUUUUAAAAUAACCUGUUGUAGAACGCCCUUGGCUUGGAUAAAGACGUGUACGGAUAAAGAUAGCUGACAGUGGAACAGUGGUGGCCCUCAAAGGGAAACAGCUGGUCAUCACUAGAAAAGAUAUUUUUGUGGUUGUGGAGACUUUGAGUUGUACGUUUCCCCCCCAAGGGUCUCGCUCUGAAGAGCCCAAUGACAAGUGCAUAUUUAGUGGACUGACAAACGCCUGACCGUGUUUCAGUAAAUUAGUAGCUUCAUCAAGUAUGAAAGUGUGAAGGAGCAAGCAGCUAACUUUCUCUUUUUCUGCUAUGCCGGUCAUGUAAGCAUGACGUUUCAACUCAUUCCACAUUUCUUUUACAGAUAAUGAUAAUUACUGAUUGUUACCAUUUUAAAGAAGAACUUAUUUAUUUUUCAUCUGGUAUGUUUCAUCUCCUGGUUUGCCAGGAAUUACAGAAAUAUCAAAAACAAACAAACAAAAAAAGUCAGUGGAAUAAAAAAAAUUGGUGCAUUGUGACUAAGUGGAGGGAGGAAGUGAUGCUAUGGGUCGUACCAUGGCUUGCUGUUCUCCCCCCAGUGUCAGUAAAGUUCAGAGGUGUACUUUGAGAGGCCUGUGUGUAAUCUGCAGUAGUUUCAGUUGUCUCAGCGCUGUAAUUUCCUUUUCUCCCAGUGCUUGUCUCAUUCAGUAUUUGAUGUAUAAUUUUGUCUUUUGUUUUAACUACAUUACACAUUCUCAAUAUUGGGUUUGUUUUUAUACUUUAUUUGAACAUACUCAACUUUUUUUUUUUUUUCACUAAUGAUGUAUUUCAGUAAUUAUAUACCAGAUGUUUUUUGUCCUACAGCUUCUGGAAUCCGUCAUAAUAAUCCCCACUGUCUUAGAUCAGUAAUUCAAAAAAAAAAAAAACACACAAAACAAAAAAAAAUGUUAUUUAUUAAAGUAGCAUAAUUGACGACUGGCUGAGUCAAAUUAAGCUCCCAGUGAAGAGCCAAUAUUAAACAGUCAUUUGUGUACUGUUGGCAAACUCUCCAAUCCAGGAUGCUUUACGCUCAUGUGGAAUACUUGUGGUCUGGUCCUUAUGGUGGUGUCCUUUUUAACUUGAGGGACACUCGUCUCAUUCGCCUGUAAAGACAAACAGCAGUAUACCACCUUCAGCAGGAUAUGGUUAGUCACUUCUAAAGUAUUACACUAAUUACUUGAUUUUAUGAAUAGCUAUUUUUUUCCCCAAAUGACCAUCUCUUUUUGGAAUCCUGUAUUAAAUGCUUUGAGUGGUAUUUCAAUGCUAAAUGGUAUAUUUUCUUGUCACCUUGUCAUCUUUAAAUUAAUUACUGCUGAACUUCUACAUACUGAACAACCUGAUAGAAUUUUCUUUCCUUUGUUUAAUUUUUUAAUACCUUUUAAUAACCCAGAUCAACAAUACGUCAAACCCUACCCUGUGUGCUCAAAACAGCUGCCGCUGUUAAGCCAGGAUUGAUCCGUGUUUUAAUUUUCUUUUUGCGGAGCAGAAAUCAGCAUUAAGAAACAGUGACUUUGUUUUUUUCUUUUUCUCAGUAGUAAUGUCCUGAGCGGGUUACUCCGCCGCCCCCCCCCCCCCAUGAUUAUCACUGACAUGUCCCUUCCACUAAACAAAUAGAAAAAAAAAGAAGCGUACAAGCAUUUUUUUUUUUUUAGAUGUCAAGCAUAAAAAGGCUUAAAUAUGUUAUAUGAUAUAACAUAUGUACAUGUAUUCACCUAUUAGUUGAUGCUUUGGGUAUAAAUAGGUUAUAUUUUAGUUCUUUUUUAUGAGUGAAAACCUUUGUGUAUUGCAUGUUGAUUUACAGUAUAUUUCUUACUCUUUUUUUUUUUUUUUUACUGUUAACAUGUACAAGCCACUCUUUAAAACCAUUGAUAUUAAUCAAGCUGAAUAUUAAAGUGCUGCCAGUUAAAGCAGGCGUAGAGCUGUUGUGCAAAAAAAAAAAAAAAGUGGAAAGUAUACAAAUUCCUAGAUUGGAAGGUGGGC